CAAAAGGACAAUGAUGACAAUAUAGCACAAUACAAAUAUAAAAGUGGGGCACGGGCUGCUGGGAACUGCAAGUUCACCUAGCAAUCAACAAUUCAGCAUGCUCUUAUCUACAAAGCCCCACACGAGCAGCGCGGGGUAGAAGCACCCAUUUUACCCCGCGCCCUUCUCAAUCUUGACGUCGCUACUCCAUCCCCUGGUCAUGGCGGCGGUGCUGGACGCCUUCGCGUCCAAGCUGGCGGAAAUCCUGGCGGGCAUGGCGAAGGAGGAGGUGGAGAUGCUCCUGGGCGUGCCGGGCGAGAUCACCAAGCUCGAGACGACGCUCGGCGACCUGAGCAGCAUCCUGGCAGACGCCGAGAGGAGGCGCAUCCGCGACUCGGCUGUGGAGCGGUGGGUGAGGGAGCUCAAGGAUGUCAUGUACGACGCCGAUGACAUCCUUGAUCUCUGCCAGAUCAUGGAGGGCGGAGAAGGUCCCUCGUCUUCAGCUGCUGCUCCAAAAACCACUCCAGGGUGCUGCAACAUCUCGAGGAUGCUCUUUUGCUUUCGCAACCCCGUCGUUGCACAUGAGAUAGGGAGGAAGAUCCAGGCGGUCAACCAGCGAUUAGUGGCCCUUGAGAAGAGGAGCUCUCGCUUUGGAUUCAUCACCCAAGCCAUCAAUUCAUCAGGUCAUUAUGCCAACAAGUCCACCAAUCCUUGGUCUGACGGCAACCGUAACACUGGGCCGGCCUUCAUUCAGUCCGAAAUUGUUGGCGAGAAGGUUGAGGAAAGUAAGAAGCAGCUCAUCGACCUGCUUAUCAAGAAGGUGGGCACUCACACUGGAUCCAGUGGAAGCAAUAAUGUAGCUGUUGCUGCGGCUAUCACUGGCGCUGGUGGGAUUGGUAAGACCACUCUUGCUAGGAUGGUUUUCAACGACGCCACGUUGGUGGAAAGUUUCGACAAGACGGUUUGGUUGAGUAUCAAUAAGGAGGUCAAUGAGAUUGCUUUGCUACAUAGAGCUAUAGCUGCUUUUGGUGGGGAUUAUGGUGGCCUUGCAGCAGACAAGGCUCUGCUGGAGCAUGCUUUGAAGCAAGUAGUCCGGCAAAAGAAAUUUUUGUUGGUGAUGGAUGAUGUGUGGAGCGACAAGGUGUGGAACGAGCUGCUUAGAGUACCGCUCAAUGAUGGUGCUUCUGGCAGUCAAGUUUUGGUGACAACAAGAAAUGAUGGAGUUGCCCGCAUGAUGAAAGCACAGUAUCUCCACCGGGUUGACAAGCUAGAAACACAAGAUGCUUGGGCUUUGCUAAAGAAGCAGCUAGUAUUGAAUGAGAGCGACGAAGCUGACGUUGAUGGCUUGAAGGAUAACGGGAUCAGAAUUGUGGAAAAAUGUGAUGGCUUGCCAUUAGCAGUUAAGGUGCUUGGAGGACUUUUGCUCAACACUAGUAGAACAAGAGAUGCUUGGGUGGAUGUCAGUAACCACGUGACAUGGUCGAUGGAAGGAAUGGAUGAUGACAUUAACAAAGCAGUCUAUUUAAGUUACGAAGAAUUGCCUUCACACUUGAAACAAUGUUUUCUGUUCUGCUCUCUUUUCCCGAAAGAUGAAUUACUAAGCUUUGGAGUUAUUUCACAGCUUUGGAUCGCAGAAGGUUACACAGACAACAAACUGAGCUCAAAGCUACCAGAAGAUUUGGCGCUUGAGUACUACAAAGAAUUGAUUUCAAGGAACCUCUUAGAGCCUGACAAAAGAAGCUAUGAUCAAUUAGGAUGCACCAUGCAUGAUGUUGUUCGGUCCUUUGCUCAGUAUAUAACAAAAGACGAAGCUGUACUUAUUACUGAGGGACAGGAUGUCAGGAGAACUAUUGGUGGUACUUCAAAACUCCGUCACCUAUCUAUCUCAAGAAGGCCAGUAGAAUGGGAUGCUUUGAAAAGCCAAACCUCGCUUAGAACACUAAUGCUAUUCAGAAGCACCACUACUGUUGAGCCAAAGGAUUUAAUGAACAACAUCUCUGGCCUACGAGUACUAUAUCUUGAUAAUGAAAAUCCAGUUGAGCUCCCAGACUCCAUAUGCCGUCUCAAACAUUUAAGAUACUUGUGUCUUUCUCGGACAAGCAUAUCGAUGAUCCCUCAAGGCAUAGGAGAUCUAAAAUUUCUACAAGCCCUUGAGCUCCGUGGGUGCACAAAUUUUUCUCAACUCCCUAACAGUAUCCUAAAGCUGCGGAAACUAAGGUCACUCAACUUUAGCGAUACGGCAAUCACCUCGGUUCCUCGUGGCUUCGGAAAGCUAGAAGAUUUGGUUCGCCUGAUGGGGUUUCCAACACAUUCCGGUGAUAGCACAGAUGUCUGGUGCAGCUUAGAAGAACUAGGACCUCUGUCAAAGCUCAAAGUACUGGGUAUAAGAGAUCUGGAGAAGGCAACAUCUGGUUCUACGGCUGCUAAAGCAAUGCUUACUAGUAAACAUCACCUGACAAACUUAUAUUUGAUAUUUACCAGCAAGCUCGGAAAGAACGGGGAGGUCGAAGACGAUAUCGGCGAGGAGGAGCACGAGAGAACAGAGGAGGUUUUGGCUAACCUCUGCCCUCCAACUUGCACGGAAAUACUGGAUAUCAGAGGCUACUUCGCACGUGGGUUACCGCAGUGGAUGAGAACCAUGUCAGCCUUUGGGAGCUUAAGGCGGUUGGCGCUGGGUGACUAUGCAUGCUGCACGCAGCUGCCUAAUGGAUUGGGGCAGCUCCCCUUUCUUGAUUACUUUUGGGUCGACCGUGCUCCGUCCGUCCAGUGUGUUAGGCAUGAUUUCCUCCAUCCCUCCUUGGGUGGCGAAGCUGAUGGCAAGGACAAGGGACCAAGGCUACCAGGAACACGGAACAAUAAUCCGAGGCAGCCUCAUCGUAUUUCGCGUGGUGCUGGUGUUGCUUUUCCCAAGCUGACAAGACUGGGAUUUCAAGGCAUGCUGGAAUGGACGGAGUGGGAGUGGGAGCAGCACGUCCCAGCGAUGCCUGCUCUAGAGGCGCUUGUGAUCAAUAACUGUAAACUGCAACGUCUUCCAGCAGGACUUGCGCAGCAUGCAAGCCGGUUGAGAAAGUUUGACCUGACCUAUGCCCAGCACCUGAUCUCUGUAGAGAACUUCCCUUCACUAGUCAAUCUUUGGUUAUAUGGCAACCCAAGGCUGGAGAGGAUCAGCAACAACCCAAGCUUGCAAUUUAUUGACAUUAGCAAUUGCCCAGCACUGAAGGAAAUGGACGGCCUGCCAUCCCUCCGGAGCCUGGAGUGGUGGGAUUUGGGUGCUGAAGCACUCCCACAGUACUUACGAGAGGCAAACCUAAAGAAGUUGCGCGUAGAUUGCAGCCGAAGCUUGCUUAAACUGAUAGCACUACAAGAUGAAUCCUCCGAGUGGGGGAAGAUCAAACACGUCCAGCAACUAAAAGCAUACGGGCACAAGACAGAGGAGGAGGAACCCGACCAAUCGUCGCAGGAAGAUGAGGAGGCCAAUGAGGAGGAAGCCAACCAAUUAGAAGAAGAUGAGGUCGAAGAGGACACUAUCCAAUCAGAGGAAGAAGAGGAUGCCGAUGAGGAGAAAAACAACCAAUCAGAAGAAGAUGAGGAGGCCGAGUGGUACAUCUACUAUACCAAGGAGCCGUAUUCCUUCAACGCAUACUUGGGCGAGUCCACAGGAAUAACACAGGAGUGCAAAGAGUAGAUGAAUCUUCAGACUGCUAGGACAGGAGCAUUCCAGAUUGGUAUAUGCUCAUAUGCUGCUAUGCUGGUAGGAGCAGGAAAAGGUUUGGACCUGCUAUUGUCGUAGCGGUACGUUUGGUAACCCAAACCCGAGGAGGAGGAGAACGCAUGGUGCCUGAAACCCAGCAGGAGCGCACACGCGGAUUGCUCCGGGCAGCCGUUGCGCGCGCUGUGGCACUGGCAGAAGGCAAACGGCAGGAGGCCGGAGGCGCCCAGGGGCCUCAAGGACAGGGCGAGGGAGAGGGGUACCGGGCACACGCCAAAGCUGAGCGAGGCGGCGUCUGGCCGGAACGCGAUCCCAAUUCCCACCAUCUUGUGAUUGUGAUUCUCGAGUUGUGAUACUAUCCUCUAAUUUCUGUACCCCUCUGUUAUCUUUUGACAGAUGCGUGUCGCUUCGUCAAACUUUCUUCAGUUUGAUCAUUAGUGUGCUUCAAUGUUCGAUAACAAGCGCGUCUAUUUAGGACCUUAUUACAGAUUUGACAGGAUAAAUACUAAGCAUAUCACAAGGGGUUUUCAGGGCUUCA